UGGAGCCGGGGCCGAGGGCAUCAUCAUGUCGACCGAAGACGAUGACCCCGCUGGGGAGCCUGGAAACACUCCGUGCCCUGUCCGGGCCGCCAUUGACCACCUCUGUCAGGAGCUGAACUUGGACGCUGGCAGCACCGCCGAGGCCCUUCGGGAGUUCAGUGCUCUUCGAGGCACCUACAGCUUGGAGGGGGAAACAGUACAUUGGUUGGCUUGUGCAUUAUAUGUUGCUUGCCGUAAGAGUGUAAUCCCCACUGUAGGAAGUGGCUUGAUGGAAGGAAAUUGUGUCUCACUUACCAGGAUUCUGCGCUCAGCAAAGCUAAGUUUAAUUCAGUUUUUUAGCAAAAUGAAAAAGUGGAUGGACAUGUCAAAUCUGUCUCAGGAGUUUCGAGAGAGAGUGGAGAGGCUGGAGAGAAACUUUGAAGUAUCCACAGUGAUAUUUAAGAAGUUUGCACCAAUAUUUUUAGAUAUAUUUAAAAAUCCUUAUGAAGAACAACCAAAGCUACAAAGGAGCAGGAAACAAAGACAAGUGCCCUGUAGUGUUAAAGACCUAUUUAAUUUCUGUUGGACACUAUUUGUUUACACAAAAGGUAAUUUCCGAAUGAUUGGAGACGAUCUUGUGAACUCAUACCAUUUAUUGCUCUGCUGCUUGGAUCUGAUUUUUGCACAUGCAUUGAAGUGUCCUUACAAAGAAGAUCUACUGAAUUCAUCUUUCAAAGGUUUGCCAGAAGACUUCAACACAGCUGACUCUAGAACAACUGAACCACCUCCCUGCAUCAUAGCCUCUCUCUGUGAAUUACAUGAUGGCCUUUUGGUAGAAGCCAAGGGUAUAAAAGAACAUUAUUUUAAACCCUAUAUCUCAAAACUCUAUGACAGGAAGAUUUUAAAAGGAGACUGCCUUCUGGAUCUUAGUAACUUUAUAGACAACAACAAAGCACUGAAUAAAGAAUAUGAAGAAUAUGUUCUAACAGAAGGUGAUUUUGAUGAGAGGGUUUUCUUGGGGGCAGAUGCAGAAGAAGAAAUUGGAACUCCUCAGAAGUUUUCUACUGAUGUGCCACCUGGGAAGGUGAUGACAAGAGCCCAUGUAGAGUGUAAUCUUCAACAGCAUUUUGAGAAGAAAAGGUCAUUUGCACCUUCAACCCCCCUGACUGGCAGGAGAUACCUCAGAGAGAAGGAACCAGUAGUUACUCCAGUGGCUUCUGCAACACAGAGUGUAAGCAGGUUACAGAGCAUGGUAGCAGGAGUCAAAAAAGCACCAAGUGAACAACUUGUAGCUAUUUUUGAGUCUUGUAUACGAAAUCCUAUGGAAACCAUAAUGAAAAGAGUGAAAGAAAUAGGUGAUAUUUUUUGUCAGAAAUAUACUCAGUCAACUGAUGAUCAACCAGGAUCUCAUAUAGAUUUUGCUGUUAACCGGUUAAAAUUGGCAGAAAUUCUGUACUAUAAAAUUUUGGAGACCAUAAUGGUGCAAGAAAUCCAAAGGCUGCAUGGCAAAGACAUGUCUGCCCUUUUAGAGCAAGAUAUUUUCCAUUGCUCCCUGCUUGCAUGUUGUUUGGAGAUUGUGCUUUUUGCAUAUAGUUCAUCACGAACUUUCCCCUGGAUCAUAGAAGUUCUUAACCUUGGGCCAUUCUAUUUCUAUAAGGUGAUUGAAGUAUUGAUUCGAUCAGAAGAAGGACUCUCCAGAGAUAUGGUAAAACAUCUAAACAGCAUUGAGGAACAGAUUCUUGAAAGUCUAGCAUGGACAGAAGAUUCUGCAUUGUGGGAUGCCCUUCAUGCAUCAGAAACCAUGAUUCCUACCUGUGAAGAAGUAAUAUUUCCAUGUAAUUUUGAAACAGGGAAUGGAAAAGGCCUAGGAUAUCUUCCCAUGAUGCCAGGAUCUCCUAUAGUGCACCCUCGAGUCAAAGAAGUUCGGACAGAUAUUGGGGGGAGUCUUAGACGGGAUGUGCAACAGCUGUCGCCAAUCUCUGUUCAUGAUCGUUACAGUUCUCCUAUGGCAGGAAGUGCUAAGAGAAGGCUAUUUGGAGAUGAAAGCCCAAAAGAAAAAUCCACAGAGAAAAAUCUCACUGAAGGGACUAGGCUGAAAAUUGCCCCAGGGUCUUGCUUUGUUGAUGAACAUUUGUCUGUUUUGCCUGAGCAGACAGUUCUUACCAUGGCAACAGCUGCAGCAACAGGACAAAAAAUGGUAGUCCCAUUGCAUAGUAUUGCAAAUGAUACUGGGGGGAUCACUUUGAUACCCAUUACAGUCAACUUAUCUGAAGAACCUAAAGUGGACAGCCAUGGACAAGUCCCCCUCACUGCUCAAGCUUUAACCAGUGUGUCACCAAGUCAACCUCAUAUCAGCACAAGGAAACCAAAGAAAACUGGAUCCCUGGCACUAUUUUUCAGAAAGGUGUAUCAUCUGGCAAGUGUGCGUUUGCGUGAUUUAUGCUUAAAAUUGGAUGUUUCCAGUGAUUUGCGGAGGAAGAUAUGGACUUGUUUUGAAUUUACUUUAGUUCAUUGUACAGAUCUAAUGAAAGACAGACACUUGGAUCAGCUGCUCCUCUGUGCUUUUUACAUCAUGGCAAAGGUGUCUAAAGAGGAGAGAGCUUUUCAAGACAUUAUGAAAAAUUAUAGAAACCAACCACAAGCACAUAGCCAUGUUUACAGAAGUGUCUUAUUGAAAAAAAUGCCUAUGGAUGUAGUGUUAGAUAUAAAGCAAGAAGCAACAUCAGAAGAAGGUAACCCCAGGAAGAUGCAUUACUCACCUGUAAGAACUAAAUCAGAAGAUUCAAGAGACUUGGGAAGGGAGGAGAGAGGGGACCUGAUAAAAUUUUAUAACACCAUCUAUUUAGGAAGAGUGAAAAGUUUUGCACUGAAAUACGAUGCUUCCAACCACAAUCAUGCGGUGGAGGUACUUCCCCUUUCCCCGUUUCCCAGUAUUAAACAGCAACCAGUGUCUCCUCGACGAAUAUCCCAGCAACAUCAUGUUUAUGUUUCACCACAUAAGAAUGGUGCUUGCUUGACACCUAAGACUGCACUGUUAUAUAAAUUUAAUGGAAGCCCUUCUAAGAGUUUGAAGGAGAUCAACAAUAUGAUAAAGCAAGGAGGACAGAGACCUAAGAAAAGAGCAAUAUCAAUUGACAGUGACACAGAGUCACCAGCGAAGAGACUAUGCCAGGAAAAUGAUGAUGUUUUACUUAAACGUCUUCAAGAUGUUGUCAGCGAAAGAGCAAAUCACUAGGUCAGCAAAAGUACUGUGCUGGCCAACAUUUAUUAAGAGCUGCCAUGUGCAUCUCAAAUCACUCUUCAGCUUUUUACUUUUGCUUAUGGUAGGUAGACCAUGGGCCAAUCAAAGUACUGAAAUGCACUGGUUUUAUGAUGCUUCCUUUUAUAAGAAGCUCCCAGACCAUGAUUGAAUUUCUGUCCUACAGGUUAAUGAAUAUGUACAGUAUUAUUUUAACAUUGUUUUGAAACUGACGUAUAAGAAAUUGUCGAUUUUAAAUGUAACUUUAUGGGUUUUGAGUUGUAUUCUGAAAGUAGAAACCAGUUCAUGUUUUGUAGAAGUCUAAGUUUUCACAGUGUAGCUAUCACACAUUAGGGAAUUAAUAGUUAUUCUUCUGAGUAAGUAUUCUUUUGACUUGCAGUUCACGUCAAAGUGCUUCAGCUUUUAUUCUUUAAAAGAAAAUUAUUACCCUUCUGUGCAUUAUUAUUCCUCCUGUGGAAUAAGGUAGGAAGAUAUAGCUAUUGAUACAGUAAAAACUAGUGGUUUUUUUCCUAAUUUUGAAUGCACAGACAUCCUCUUUCUAUCAAAUGUUUGGAUAAUGUUUUAAACUAUAAGCAUGACUGUAAGAUGCAGUACUCUUAGCUACUAGUGGAAAGGCAAAGAUUCUAUGAGAUUAAUAAGGGUUUAGGAUGUCUUUUUCUGGGUUUUGGUGUUGUUACUGUUUCUCUUGUUAGACCUCUGCAGUGGGCUCAGGGGUUUGCUUGGAUUCCAAGGGAGUGAUAUGCAAGAUUCAGGUUUGCUUACAAGUAGAAAAGAUGUGCAAUUUAGAUAUUAAAAUGGAAGCAGUAAACUUACGGAGUGUUUAGCAGUAUGUGUCUGUUCUUUAACCAUCUAUGAGUGGAACGUAGGCCUCUGCAUGGCUUAUUCUGCUUUGGUGUACUUGUAUCUGUCUUCCAUUUUGAGUCUGUAGAUUUCAUUUUGUGUGUUGUCUGUUUCUUUGGCUCAGUGAGUAUAGAUGGGCCAAAGAAUGGACACAUACCUUCCCCAUCAGCUUUCAGUUACCAGUUAACUAGUUGCACAAAUAUAAGCUGGACAUAGAGCUUGUUAACUGCACCUAUCUGUACUAACACUCCUUUGCUGCAUGUGUAAUUAAAUGAGUCCACUACUACUGUUAUCAAAAAGCAAUUAAUAACACCUGUUGGAUAGCUGCGCUUAGACUAGACUACUGAUAAGAUUAGGACAAUAUGCCCAGCAUAUUGUUAUCAGUAGUGCCAACUUAAUGACUAGUAGCAGAGCUGGUAAACAGCUUGUCAGUAUCAACUAGACUGAGUCCUUUGUCCACAUUUAAUCUCUCAGGCAGUUUUUGCUUACAGCAGUUUAAAGUCUACCUUGCAGUCUUAGUUCAUCUGUUGUAAGUAACUUGCUACUAAACACUCUGUAAGCUUCCUGAUCUGUAUUUUGAUCUUUUCUCUUGUAAACAAACCUGGAUCUUGCAUAUCAUUUCCUUGGAAUCUCAGUGAACCCUUUCAGUCCACUGCAGGGAGCUAACAAGGGAAACUGGUACGGCUGCAAAGCAGAAAGUGGUAUGCAAUUGUCUUUUCAUAGCCCAUAUUGGCGAAAUGUUCUUUUGUUACUUCAUUUGAAUUGUCUUUCCUGAAGAGUUCUCUUUAGAGAUAAGCACUCCUCCAGAAAGUAUAGGUCUAUAUCUGUAGCACUAAAAAUGCCUACAUACUGUAUACCCAGUUGGGGAACUUUCAGCCCUCCAGGCCCGGGAACUUUCAGCCCUCCAGGCCCAAUCUAGAUCAUAGAACCUUCUUAUCCAGCCUCUGGUGUUCCUUCCAACUGCCCUGCUCCCUCCUCCUCUAGCCUGCCAUUUAUUUAAGAGGUAGCCAUGUGUUCUUUAUCCUCUGCCUUUCUUUUGCUUUUCUUCUGCUUCCACCCAAUGCUCAAGCUCAGCAGUCUUCCUAGAGGGCUUUUCUUACUCUACUACCAUCCCUCCUUCAGCCCUAAUUUAGCUGAUUCUCCAUUUCCCUAGUUGAGGAGGGAGAGGGGCUGAUUCUCAAUUUCCCUAGUUGAGGAGGGAGAGGGAGGAAGGGAUUAAGACUUUCUUAAAAGGGAGACACAACAGACAUUUCUUAAAAGGACAUUCCUCUAGCUAGAAGGGGUAAUGAUUUGAGGAAAAGGGAAAAAUUCUUUUGAUGAUCUCCAGGUGGGUGUCAGUUUGGGAAGGGGAUAAAUUAAUUGAAUCCACAGGAUUUAGGAUGGUUAAUUGGAAAUGUAUAAAAGAGAAUGGAAAAAUGGGGUUCCAUGUUCGUGUAUAUGAAUGGUACACAUGAUAUGUACGUAUGGUGUAUUAAAAAGCAAUAACACCUGUUGGAUAGCUGUUAUCGGAUGCAUGACCCUUGCUAAACUUCCCCAUAACUGAUGACACUCUUGGACUAAAAAAAAGGUUCCCACCAUUGCUGUAUGCCAACAAUGAAAAGCGUGUCACUUAGGCAUCAAGCUGUGCUAUUAAUUCAUCAAUUAGCAUGCCUUCUUACACUUUGAACCCACUUAGACAAUAUAGCUGCUCAUAUUGGAAGCUGCUUCUGUGCUCUGGCCCUCUAGGAUCUCAAAGAGCUCUCUUCUGUAAAUAUUCCCAAAUGAUUUGGAACAGUGGCAGAAUCUAUGUGCUUUUCUAUGGGGAAGAAAGUAACCACGGAGAGUCAAUAGAUUAAGACAAAUAGCAUGUUUCAAGCUACUUUAAGUAUCACUAUCAGUUGUGUUUUUUUAAUCUUCCAGUGGUCUGUUUAUGGUAGAGGAAGGAAAAUGGGAAGAUUUUGCAAGUUGAGAAAUAACUGCCAGCAACAAGAUGAGAAAAUAGACCUUUUUGUUGGAAGGCACUUGUGUUAACUUGCUGAAAUUCUUUUUCCUUGCUAGGGCGGGUAAAAAAUGAGGUCUGAGUCACUGCAUAAAGCCAUGCCAGUCUUAUUUUAUCGAUGAACUAUCUGAAAGCAGUAAACCCUUGCAAAGUCAGGAUAUCUGCAAUUUGUAGCUAUGCUCUUUCCUUUAAAUUUUCCCCUUGAAAAACAUGUUUUCACUUUUGUAAUAUUGAUACAGAAUGAAGGCCUUAUCAGAUUAGCUGUGCUUAUACAUAAAAUGUAUAAAUGUAGUAUAUAGCUAACACAAGGGUUAGGCCUUUCUGCAUUUGUCUAUUAUUAUCAGCAGGCACCAAAUGAAGCUUGUUGCGGAAGUGUUUACAAAGAAGGGAUUUGAUUAAGAGUACAUGAAAGUAUAGGAAAAAUGAGGUAUCAUAAGUGCAGAGCACCACUCUCACUUAGGAUAUUUUAAAGGUGAAAGCCAUAAGAUAAAUAUACAUGUUGUGUUUCUAGUUCAUCAGUUGGAAAUAUUGCAUAUCUUGGGCUGCUUUCAUAAGCACCUAAUCAGGUUUUUACGUGUGCAGCACAAUCCUAUGACCUCUAGACAGUCUAGAUAUCCAUAAGACUUUUACGAGUCUAAGCUCUGACCCCGGCAACUUGUUCCAAGGUUGCAGCUGGGACUUCAACCAAAAGCUGCACCUCCACAGCCAUAAAAGUUCUGCCAGCAUAUAAUCUACCUUAUUAUCUUUUCUGCCUGCUCAGAAACUGAAAAUUUAGAUGGCCAAAAUCUCCAUCUCAUGGGUUUUGCAUGGUGGGAAGAGCAUGAAAGUCACCUUUGCUACUGCACUCCUCCUGCUGUACAUAGGUUACUGGUAUUUAUCCAAAUUUGAAGGUUUAUGGAAGGCUUCAUUAGAUUGCACCUUAGUAUUCCAAGGUUAAUACAAUGAGGUCAGCUCGUCUAACAGGUCACAAGGCCAAAUAGUAGAAAGAAGUGGAGAAAGUGUUGUACAACAGAAUUUGAAUGCAUAUGUGCUAUAUUAAUUAGCCAUGGAAGGAAAAUUUACAAAUUUCAAAAGCUCAACGUGUUAUACUUUUCUUUUAAUAAAGUAGACUAGCAACAACUUCAAAAAAAUUGUUUUACCUUUUACCUAAAGGAUGACAUAAAAAUGCCCUCAGUAAAAUUUCAGCUAUAUGCAUUGAUACUUUUAGUAUGUUUUCUCCAAUCACUUGGUCUCAAUUCCUCAUAUGUUCUUAUCUGCCUUCCAUACAGAUUCUGAAGUCUGAUCUUAAAAGGCAGGUGCUGAAAUUAAUGAUGAUUCUAUUGUUUAAUUACAUGUUGUAUUCAUUACAGCUUAUGCAAUUUUGUAUUAAUUAUAACAUGGUGUAGAAGAAGCUAAUGAUGCUCCUGAUUAAAUGCUGGGCUUCUUGGAAAACACUUUUAUAAAGCUUUUGCUAUACAUUGGAAAUCCUUGUAAAUACAGAGUUUAAUUAAAAAGAAACUGCUUUAUGCUAA